ACUACUUUGUGUCAAGUUUUUGCCUUGUUAAGCAAGGGGCCUUGUUUGGCAUUUAUUCAAUAGGCUUUUCCUUUUCCAGCCCUCUAGCACUUAAAACAGCACACUAGAAAAAAAAAAAAAUGUAAUUGCAAAGGCUAGCCAAUGCACAUAGGAUUACUUCACAAACAGGAAAAAAAGAAAUCCACUGGAUGGCCUCAGAUACUUAGAAAUGGCAGGGACAAACACUACUUUUCUGUUCCAAAAUAUCUCAGUGCAGAGGAUAAUUUGAACUUUAGUCACAUGAUGAAACCAUAGGUUUGCUAAACAUGCAACGUGUAUGGUGUGAAUGACUUAAACCAAGUUCCUGUUUCCUUUUGAGAACUGUAUGUUUUUGUAGUCAGCAAGCGUCUGGAUUUUUUCAUCGUGAUGUACAGCAGCUAAAGAAGUUAUUGUAAUACAUACACUCUACUUUCUACAUAAAUAAAAAGGGCUAUAUGCUCCAAACUAUAAUUAUAUUUCAUCUGACUAUUCACAGUGAAAGUCUCAGCCCGUUGUAUCUGUGGAGCAUUUUCUUGAAAGGCUUCAAACUCCACUGAAAAGGAAAUAAGCACAGUGUCAAAGGAAGGAUGUCUUCUCACAACAUGACAUGGAUCAGCUACCCAAGCAAGAACUUGGCUUUCAUCUCCCCAGAGGAAAUUGAAGCCUUCAUUGCUUCUCAAAACAUCAUAUCAAGACUUAUGCACUGUUACAUUGCCUUUUUUGUACCAACAGGAUUAAUAGCUGGCAUAUGUAUUUUGAUCAUUUUCAUAAAGAAAUAUUUGCAGUACAAAGUCAUAGAAAACUUAGACUUACUUCUUCUGCACUUCACCAUCAGUAAUAUUAUAAUGAUUUUUUUGUCAUUUACUGUCAUUACUAGACCUGACUAUUUAAAAGCAACCCACCUUACAUGUAACAUACUAUCAUUUUUUUUCAACUUCAGUUAUUUCAAUUCUCGGUAUGUUUUGAUUUUGAUACUUCUCGUACUAUUACUCAAGAGAUUUCCAUCAAGGACUGCUCUCAGCAAAGCAACCCAAAGACCCAUAUUGUGUGCUGGAUUUGUACUUACAUAUGCCUUCUGUUUGUCACUGACUGAGGCAGUACUGGUUGGCACGGAUAACUAUCACUUGGAAACAGACUGCCAGUUAGAUCCAUUAUUUGCAUGGCCUGAAUAUGAGAUCAUUAAAUUCACCUUUGGAUUUGGAAUCCCAUCAUUUCUUCAGAUACUCUGUUUUACUGUUCUCUUUGCUAAAGCAGCACCUGCUGAAGCUCCAGCCUUACAACAGCAUAUUCGUACUUACCCUGCUGUGUACACUAUAAACAUAACAAUAUUUAUAUGCCACCUAUUUUAUAACCUUAUGAUUCUCUUCAGAACAACAUUCAAAUUACAGAAGAGCAUUGGAACUCCAAAGAAUGAGCUUGUGAUGAAUAUUGCAGAAAUAGUGUUGUUCUGCGAGAGCUGUGCUAGUUUGGUAUUUAUACUUUUUUUACAUAAACCAUCCAAGGAUGAAAUACUUAAAGUCAUACAGAACUGCCGAAGGAAAAACACUGCCAACCAUCACCUUGAAAUACCAGUAACAACUAUGACCCAUGAAAGCAGGUCUCAGUAAUACCUGCUGUUCUGAAGAACUCUCAAUCCACUUUUUAGUUUGUUUGUGGGUUUUGGUUUGGUUACUCACUUCUUCAAAAAAAGGGCAACUGUUCCUUCUUUAGAACCCAAACUUGGACUAUCUUACUGCUAGCAAUACUGGGGGGGGGGGGGGGGGGGGGAAGAUAUUUAGUUCUAGUAUUUGCAGUGAUCUAUAACAAAACAUGUAGGGUCUGAAGUUGAGGGGGGUUUUUUGUUUGGUUGGCUUUUUUUACAUUGCUUAUUUUCUGCAAGUGUUACUUCAAAGCCAAGUAGAAAGAAAAGUACUGUUACCAUAGAACUGUGCUUUAGUAAUAUUAUCGAUGCCCUGGCAAAGAUGCAAACACAAACAUAGCAGAAAGCAAUUUUGAACAAAGGUAAAAAUCUGCAGCCAAAGCAUUUUCUCAGGUGUACUUCCUCUUUUGACUUCCUCCCCUACAAACUACUUAUUUUUAUAACAUUGGUAAAUUCCAGUAGCAGCAGCAAUGAAGUAUGGCUUAAGAAUCCAUCAUAAUCCUAAAUAGUACGUGAUACUAUAAGUCUACUGUAACACUUGUUUAUUUUUAUAUAUAUACACACACAGAAACUGAGUAUUUCUUCCCUUUUUCCAUUUUCCUCUUGUACUUUUUUUGGAAGCCUUAAGGUUUUUGUUUGAAUUCUUGUGCCAGGAAAAAAAAAUUCAAGUUAAUGGAAAUGCUGGUCCAUAAAGGAAAGCUUUGGGUCUUUUGUGACACAUUGAACUGGAAAGAUCAACAAGAUGGCUAAUUAAAACUUUGUGCAAGAAUGAAAGCUUUUUGUUAAUGUACUCUCAGAGUCAACUUUGCAUUAAGACUUACAGCAAUUAUUGAUUUAAGCCAUUCUUGAUGAGUUCAUUCAGAACUAUGAAGUUGCAUGCCUUGGAAGAGUCACAUUCAGUAAUACACUAACAAAAAAAAAGCCAUCCCAGAACAGUAUAACUGAGGCAUGUUUUUAAAAAAGCAAACAAAAGCAGUGCCCCAAUUUCAAACUGAAAUCAGGGCUCUGCUGGAAACUAGAUAGGAGCAUUAUAUAUUAGAUGAUAAUUCAUAAGUGGUGCAAAAUGGGGGAAAAACCUGAAUCAGAGAUUAAAACAGCUGUGGUAUAGGUAGCCCUGCACAAUCAGCAGCCAAUUCAGGCUAAGAAGUAGGCGCAAAGUUUUAAAUGCUGGCUUUGAACACAUUGUUACUGUAACUAAAUUUGGCCAGUAGCCAUCCUAAUACUUUGGCUUAGGUUUCAGCUUUUCCUCUCUCAGAGGUGGAAAGAACAGAAACAACAGGGAAGGCACAAAAUUGUACUAGAUAUUGGAUAAAGACUUAGACUUAGAUUGCAAUAUUAUAAAAAUCCAGUGAUGUGAUAAGGAAGGCUCAAGUGCCCUGAAGGGUUCUGAGAAAAGCCACUUUGAUGCUUAAAUAUGGGCUUUUGCAUGACACCCUGGUGCAAACAGAACUGAUAGAUUUUUUUUUUUUGCAGUUACAUGCUUUGGAAAGUCUUUCUGGCAGGGUCCAGAUUUGCAUGGAGUGCUGGUGCAAAUCAGCAUGGGCUGUUUAAGACAGAGAAAAAUGAGCACCAAUUGAUCAAGAGGCCCAUCUUCUGCAAAAGAACAGCCAAGUGCAUAAAUGGAAGAAUGAAGGACAUUUUUUCAAUAAUAAUAUAGUAUAUAGAACAAGUAUCUAGAUAUAUGGAACCUGUCUUAGACAUCCAAGUCCUGAAAUUUAUGGACCACGACUGUAUCACAUGCAAAUAAGGGGCAAUAUGUAGUCUCACUAUGACUGCAAGGACCAACAUUUCUGCAAGACUUAAAAAUCAACUGGUAAGAUGUCUGCAUUGCAUUAUGUCAGCCUGUUUUCCUGUUCAAUUUUGUUCUGCUGCCAGCAUGAACAGAUGGAUAAUUAAAGAACACUACAUAUAAACAGACCAUUAUAGAACCUGGUCAGAAAGGAAAUACGUAGAUAAGAAUCAUUUCUUUGAGAACAAAAGCCAAUUUCAUACUUGUGAAAGGAUUUCUCAGCUGGCAUCAGAGGUUUUGUUUUGCACCUGAAAAGAGGAAGAUAAAACAACAUGGACUGAAGAUCAGUCCUGCAGAAAGAAGUCUGAAGAUAUGAGUUGGAAAAGCCAUACGUCAAUGGAAAAAGCUAACAGACUGAAGGAAAGAGUAUGUCGGAAGAUGCAAGCUGUUUAUCCCAAUUUAGACAAAAUAUCAUAGUUUCAGCUGCGCCACAGUUCAGUAGGUUAUUUUCUAGCAUGGGAAUUAUGCACUAGAGAUUUUACUUUAUUCACUGCUUCCUUAUAUUUUAUAUUUGAGAAUGAAAGAAUAAAUAUUGUGUUGUUUCAACCCAGUCAGUAAAUGUUGGCUCUCGUUAACACUGGCUGGGACCUGGAAACUGGUCUAAUGGUGAGUGAAUCACAGUAAUACAUCUGUAAGGAGCCUGAGGGUUCCACGUGGGAGGAAGGAUGCUUCGUGGUCCUCUCAGCAAGCAGCUAAAGCAGAACCACAACCAAGUGUCUCAGAGAAAUAAAACCUGUAGGGGCCUACUGUCAGAUCUAGGAUUUGGGAACGAGUACAUUGUGUAAAGAAUGAACUACUACGUGUAAGUCUGAGUACUCCUGGGUGUAGCAUCUCACAGACAGCAGCCAGAAGCAAAUGAAUGCACUCUGGUCUCUUCCCUGUCCAUAGCUACUGCUGUGGGAAAAAAGAGUAUUUUCUGUAUGGCUGGUUAUAUUGUCAUAAAGAAAUCUCUAUGUACAAUGAAAAAACUUUGUAUCUGAAUAGGAGAAAACAAAGGUAAACAGGAGAGAAGAGGUCGGAAUAUGCAAAAUAAUAAUUCAGAUAGUUAUGAAUAUACCUUAUGAAUACAGAAAUGUUUUGUUAAAACAUUCUUGAUAACAUUACUCAGAGCUUACAUUAAAAUUCAGGACAAUGAAUGUGUAGUCCUAGAGAAAAAUCUACUUGCAUCCAGCUAGAGUAUAAGAGCAAACACCCCAUAUGGAAUAGGGGAAGGAACAGAAGCAGUCCCUAGAAGGCAUUCUAAAAUAGUCUGACAUGAGCAAAAAAACAGCAGCUUUGGUUAAGAUUAAAAGUAAUAAUUUUUAAAUUAUUAAUAAUUUGAAGAAGAAUACUUUUAAGAACAAAAAAUUUCCCUGCUCAGACUUUUUUCCCCCCCCUAUACCAGCAACAUCUUUGUUGAACACUUACUUCUUCCAAGCUUCACCUAGUUUUGAACAGUGUGUUCCAGAAGAAAUAGAGCAUAUAUUUUUAUAGGCAUGCUGUCAAAAUUAACGAAAAGGAUAUACUGGAAAAUUCAAAUAAGAAUAUUUUACUUCCGUACUGGUAAUAUUCGUAUCUUUCUAAGACUUCGUCCUGCUUUUCAAAAAACCCUUCCAUUCAGUAAAAGAAGAGAAAUGAGCAGGCUGCUGAAGUUUAAGCAUGAAUUCCUGAGCUGGUAAUACGUUUUGGAAAAGAACACAUAGAGACUAAGGACUGAUCUUUGCUGAACCAGCUGGCUCAAAUUUGCUCUGAUCCCACUGCAAAACAACAUCUGAGCUAAAGAGAGACUGGAUUUCACGUAUUACUAAGCCUGGCCUUAGUUAUAUUGCGAUUUCAAACUUACAGACCCUUGAAAGGGCUACAGCAUUAUCUAGCAUGAUUUUGAGGUAACUGCAGAAGAUUUGGGGUAAGGUGAAAGCUCAAUUCAGCCAAAAUAAGUACUCUAUAUAAUGUUUCCACCAUGUACGUUGCACAACAAAUCGAAUCACUAAUUGGCUAGAAUGAAAGAAUGCAUUUUACUUCCACCAUACAACUGUCUGGCAGAGGACUGCCAGACUCAACUACUAAAGUAAAAGUUAUUGAUGCUUUGCAAUUUUUUUUAACCGCAUUUGGAUAGAGCCUGAGAUCCUAUGAUGAAUCAUCUUUAACUAUACAACAUUGUGGUCCAAUUCUGUAAAAUUUUUAUGUUAUCCCCCAAGAGUUUUGCAAUAUACACAUUUAAGAAAAAUAAAAGGUUUUUAGCAGAAGAGUUUGAAUGGGUACAAGUGUUAUUCCUGCAAAAGAAAAGGCUGAACUUUGCAUUUUUCUUACUAAAAAUAAUUUUUCAUUCUCAGAAUUAUUAGCAACUAAAAAACCUAAACACACAAUACACUCUAUCCAAGGUUUUCUGCAGGCACAGAAUACAGUUAAUUCCCACUCAAACUACAUUUGAUUAUUUGCAAGAAACAAAGUUACUGGGGCUGGACAGGAUAAAGUAUGAUGGUGCUCUAGAAUAGGGUAAUGGAUGCAGACAGAUGUCAUUCAGUGGUUGAUAAAAGGUCAUAGGCAGUAUUGAUGCUAACAGAAAUAUGAGAGAAUUUGGAGGAGGAGAUCAAUUUACUUGCAAAACUUCAGGAACAUUACAACAGCAUCUGUAUUUCCUCUGGAGGCAAUUUCAGCAGAGAUUCUUACACAAGUCUUAUUUCUUCUGCAUAUGGUUAUAUUCCACUAAGCAUUCAGAUAACAAUUGUAAUUUAUGCUUCCUUCCUCUUCCAUACAAUGCAGUACCUUACUUUUUUCAACUUUAUACACCCUGAUCCUGAUCUAAUUUCCCCAAAACCCAACAGCUUCACACCCAACACACUUCCACACUUCUGAGGGUCCAACAGCUCUUACAUCCUACAGGGCUUACCGGGCUUAUCCCACUGGAGAGGCCUCCCACUCACACCUCCCACUUUCUUCCUCCUCAGCUUCCACCUCUUUGCAACACCAUAGAGGUACGUAUGUUGAAGUCUGUUAAAUUACGUAGAAUAUCUUCUAUUAUACCCCACUUUAAGCCUCUUGGUAUACCUAAGUACAUCAUAGACAAUUACACUAGUAUUCCUUAAAGAUGCUAUGGUGUUAGACAUGUUUGAGAUAUACAGUGUUUUACAAGUUGACUACUACAGAUGUAAAAGUAAGCUGCUAGGAAAACUUUACAAGCUGGAUUGCUGAGGUCUGACAUUAUAUGAAUGCUAUCACACUGGUUGCUUUCACACAUGUUCUGAGCAACAAUCAAGGUAAGGUACAUACAGGUGCAACUACAAUACUGUGUAACUUAAUACUGCCACAACUGUGACUAUUGGUCGUUAAGGCACUCCCUAUAACAUCAUGGAGUAUCAGCAACUGACAGGGAAGGAGAAAGGGUACAAUGUUCAGCAGCUGCUAAAAUUAGUUUAAAGCAUUUUCUGGAAUAUGGAAGUGAUGAAUAGUGAAAUUAAUUUAUCUUAAUAAGCAACGAUAAUUUGACUGCAUAAACAAGAGCCUGAAGAUGUUGUCAUCUGUUUUAGGAAACAGAAUUCAGAAGAUUCAUAUGAUCAUCUUAUAAAAUAUUUAGUGAAAUACAGAACUCACUAAUUAAAAUAUAAUAAUACUAGAUUUGUCCUCUUAUGCUUCGUAGUUCUGCUAGCAGGAAAAACAGCUGCUUCAUGGGUCUUUCAAAAGAGAACUUCCUAACAAUUCUGGAAGUAUGACAAAGCGACUUAUUUCUUAUCAUGAACUCAAACAAGAAAAUUAGCACUCACAGUUAGACAUUUUAAUAGCAGAUCAGCUGAUAUUCAGCUAGAAAAAUCAAGGACAGUCAGACCAGCUGAUUAUUAAAUCCAGGGCUCCAUAAUUACAAACAACUAACACCAAGAAGCUAACAUUAUUCAUAAAGUAAAAAAAUCCUUCUGACCCUUACAAGAUCAGUGAAAGCUCUGAAGGACAGAAUUAAGUACAGCAAAACCACAUGAUCAACAAACAACAAUAAAGACUCUUUAUAAUCCUGUUCUUUAGGACAGCAAAAAAUUAAGACCUUCAAAGCUAGUAUCACAAGAUUUUUCUAACGUUACAAUUAUUCCAAUCCUAGAAUGCAAUCACUUUUAUACACGCCUCAAAGCAAAACGCUUUCAGUUCUCUGUCCUCAUAACCCUGUAGAAAGCCACUCCAGAAAGCCAUUCCACACACAGUGGAAGUCAUUUGUUCAGAAAAUCUUUACCAGCACAAAUUUUCUUUUAAGCUAAAAAAAUGUAUUCCAAAACUAUUUAUGAAGAGCCAUCCUAUAAAAACAUCUUAAAGGGCAUCUUUAGUAACACUGCCAAAAUCCUGUGCUCCUACGCACAGCACACUUCAAGAAAAAACCAAAACCCAGCAAAUAAUGUAUUUGCUUCAAUGGCACUAGAAGGCAAAGUGCCUUCUACUCCCAAAGCCACUUGCGUAAAGAAUUUUUGCUUCACUUUUCUACAGAUGAGAUCUUUUGUAAUCUAGAACUAUUUGACCACUGUAAUAGAUGUAAUGCAUCCAUUAUAGUGACAUGCUAAUUAAUCACUUACUCCACACUUCUGAAACCAUAACAUUGUAAUCUUGAAAUCCUAAAUGCAGAGAUCCAAUCCAUCUUAUUCCAGUAGCAGGAAAAUGCUGCAUCAAUGUACAGCAUAUUCACAACUGGCACUUAACAUUCAGGUAUCAGAUCAAUAUAAUCUUAAAAAGCAACUUACAAGAAGUAUUUCGCUUCUAUGUGAAAGAAAGGUUUAACUUUCUUUCUGUUCUAAGAAUUGUAGCCACCAGCAGGUGGUGUUUCUGGAAAUGUCAAGUAGUUUUUCCCCCCCUACAGAUGAUAUGCAAAACUCCACCUGCAGUACUGGUGGGUUUAUGCAAGACCAAAGCUCCACAUUCUCUGCAAAAUAAGCUUAUUUUAUCCAUGUGAUUUUGAACUGAGCAAUUCUAAGAAGUGUGAGGAUGACCAUGUAUACCUGAAAAUUUAAAUUCAAACAGGCAAAGGGGGAUCGACUUGAAGGUAGGAAAACUGAAAUUUGUAUUGUCAGUUUAGCAAAUGACCCUUCUCUGCUGCUAGACUUCUCCCAAUCAAAUCCUCUCUUCAGAUUGUUCAGAGGCUUUUAAAAAAUACCAUGCAUAACUAAUUAUGGCUUUAUAUUAAAGUAAAAUAUGUUUACUUACAAUUUACAAAUAAAUCUCUUAAUUUUUGAUCAGCUGAGCUGUAGGUUUGAAUGGACUGUGUAACUUGAAAAAACGCUAAAGGCAGAAAGGAGGGUGAAAUAAACAUUAGGCAAAAUAAAACUGACAAAUAUGAGAGAAAAGAUGCUUGUCUAGUUCUAGUCAAAAAGAAACCAGCAGAAACAGGGUUAAUUCUAGCCUUAUAAGGCUGUUCAGCAGCACUUCAACUGCACACAAAUUAGAACAACCCUGGGAAUCUAUAAAGCUUGUUUUAUUGCCAAGGACAUGCAGCAAGAUCUGCAUUUUGCUGUCGUAAACUAACCUUUAUUUAAGAUGUUUUAAAACCGAAUAGACAUUAUAUGAUUUUUUUUUUUUACUGCUGAAUCGUCAACAGGUGGCAUUCACUGCAGCUUUGCACACCUAAAUACAAGUUUUUACUGACAGAACAGUCGAAGUUGACACAUCCAUUAAGCACGUAUCGGAGCAAGAGCCAGCCUUCUGUUGUCUGGAGGAAAAUCAGCUCUGAAGAAAUGGAAUUAAGGUCCAAGGAUGUUCUUUGAUUAUUAAAAGAAAACAAAUGGAGCUAAAAUUCUACCACCUUCCAACCUGCAUGAAGAAACACUGUUGAUGAAAAGCUUUUAUUAAAGAGAUCCAAGUACCAUAAUGCUAAAAAGAUUCCUACAUGAUCUUAAGGCAUACAGGAACUGCAAAUUUUCUCAUUUGCAAUGUAUAUAGCAUCCUGUAAAAAAAUUUAAGAAAUUACUAUUUGCACUGUUAUAUUUCAGUCAAUUUUAAGACUAAUUAAUUUGACUUCUAGAGAGUUUUAAUUCCUAUACAAAAGUGUACAUCUUUUUCCACUUCAAUCAAAAUGUUUACUAUGAACUUAGUUGAAAACAACCCAAAAUCUGAUUGUUUUGGCAUUACCACCAAACUGUGAGUACCAAUAUCUUUUCUGCAGAUAUUUUAACCAUGGAAAUUUAUUCUGCCUCAAUAUCACCUGUUUUAUGUAACAGCACAACUUUUAACCUAAAUGGAUCACAUUUGUGUAAUGAAAGCAUAACUUCUCGAUUAGCUGAUAAAUCAGAACACCAACAAUAUGUUAUUGGUCUUUUCUUAUCAUGUCUUUACACCAUAUUUCUUUUUCCUAUUGGUUUUGUAGGAAACAUUCUGAUACUGGUUGUCAACAUAAGCUUUCGUGAAAAAAUGACUAUUCCAGACCUUUACUUCAUAAAUCUUGCAGUAGCUGAUCUCAUUUUGGUUGCCGAUUCUCUCAUUGAGGUUUUUAAUCUUGAUGAAAAGUAUUACGAUAUCACUAUUAUUUGUACCUUCAUGUCUUUAUUCCUUCAGAUCAACAUGUAUAGCAGCAUUUUCUUUCUGACAUGGAUGAGUUUUGACAGAUACAUAGCACUGGCAAAAGUAAUGAGGUCCAACAUAUUUCGCACUAUGCAACAUGCUAGAUUAAGCUGUGGUCUCAUAUGGAUGGCGUCUAUUUCUGCAGCACUAGUUCCAUUUACAGCUGUGCAUUUACAACACACCGGAGAGGUCUAUUUUUGUUUUGCAGAUGUAAAAGAAAUCCAGUGGCUAGAAAUAACCUUGGGGUUUAUUAUCCCCUUUGUGAUAAUCGGUCUUUGUUACUCAUUAAUUGUUCGAGUUCUUAUAAAAGCACACAAGCAUAGGAGUCUUCGUCUGCGGCGACAAAAGGCUCUUCGAAUGAUUUUUGUUGUUGUCUUGGUUUUCUUUAUCUGCUGGCUACCUGAAAAUGUCUUCAUUAGUGUUCAACUUCUUCAAAAGAAAAGUGAGUCUGCCUCUUCAAGCAGCCCAUCCUUCAGACACGAUUAUCCUUUAACAGGACAUAUUGUGAACCUAGCAGCUUUUUCUAAUAGCUGUUUGAACCCCUUAAUUUACAGUUUUCUAGGGGAAACUUUCCGAGACAAACUGCGACUGUAUAUUGAACAGAAAACAAAAAUGUCAACAUUACAUCGCUUUUGUCAGGCUGCCUUAACAUCUGUUAUUCCUGACAGUAAUGAGCAAUCAGAAGUCUGAUUUAGUAGUGGUUGUAUAAAGCAUACAAUUGUGGAAUUGUGCAAAUAGUGAACAAAUGCUUGCUACUAACAGAAAAAAGUGUUUGUGUACAUAUAUGUAUUGUAUUGCUCUACUGGGUAUUGAAGGAUUAUAUUCAAAAUGUUUUUAUGACAAGACUUUAAUGUAGAAGAAUGUUUUAGUCAGAUUUGUAUUUAAUUAUGAACAGGAUUAUUAAAAGCUGAGCACUGAA